AUGGACUUUAUGGCUGAGGCUCGCAGGAAUGAAACAGAACAAGAAGCGCCUGCUGCUCUGCUAGCACACAUUCUUGUCAACAUUUGCGCUGCUAUACCCUUGACUGAGGAAUACGUCACGGACGAAAGGACUCUGUCUUCCCGUGUUUCAAGACUAUUGUCUAUCGAUGCAGAUCUCAAGGACUGGGCCCAAAUGCUCCCAGCUGAGUAUGAGUACGAGACCCGAACCAAACCAAGCGAUCUUGGUGGAGCAGAAGUGUUUAUGGAACGCCAUGAUGUAUAUUGUAGCGCUGAAAUCGCCAACUUCAGAAACUACCAUACAUGA